AUGACGACGGAGGUCUCGUCGACUCGCCUUUACCUGGGCAACUUGCCCAAACAUGCGACCAAGGCCGACGUCGAGGCUCAUUUCUCCAAGCAUGGCACCGGCGAGAUCACAGAGAUCAAGAUUAUGAACGGCUUCGGCUUCAUUGAGUAUAAGGACCCCAUGGACGCCCGGGAUGUCGUCCCAGCCUUUCAUGGAUCGAUGUUUAUGGGCGAGCGCCUCACCGUCCAGUUCGCUCGCGGCAACCGCCAUCGCGACACGGCCAACGGCUACGGCCACGAACGCGCGCCUCCUCGUCCGCGCCGCACGCCUCACCGCAUGGAGAUAACUGGGCUCCCCGACGGUUGCAGCUGGCAGGCCGGCGUCGAUGUGGUCUACACCGAGACGAGCCGCCGCGGCAAUAGCUGGGAGGGCAUUGUUGAGUUUGAAACCCCUGCCGAUAUGAGAACAGCUAUUGAGAAGCUCGACGGCCGCGAGUUCAAGAACAGCCGCACCGCCCAGCCGUCGGAGCCUCCCCGCUACGACCGGGGCCGUUCGCGCUCGCCAAUUCGGCGCUAUCCCCCUCCCCCGCUGGAUGAUUAUGACCGGCGCGGCCCGCCCCCGCGCGGUUACAGUCCCCGCCGUGAUGGCUACCGGGAUGCCUACCGUGAGCGCACCCCGCCCCCUCGUCGUGAAUAUUAUGAUGACAGGAGGGGAGGCUAUCGUUCGCCCCCGCGUCGCGGGCCCCCGCCCAUCGACGACUACCCGCCUCCGCGCGGCCGCUACGAUGAUCCAUAUGCUCGUCCCCCCCGUGACUAUCCCCCCGACCCUUACAUGAACGGCCGCCCGCCCUACGACCAUCGCCGCCCGCCUCCGCCGGAUUUCCCGCCUCCGCGCGACCCCUACCCGAGAGACCCCUACCCGCGUGAUUAUGACCGUCGCUAUUAG